AUGCCUGUAGUGGGGAUGAUAUGUGAGAAAAUAGAAAUUGACAGGGUAGUAAUGGAUGAGAGUGAUUUUUGUGUGGUUGAAGGGACAAAUGAUAAGUACGAUAUGUUGCUGGGGUAUAAGUUCUUGAAGAGAUGUAUGGUGGUGGUCCAUCUGAGUACAAAUAUGAUUGAGUUGCGUACGAAAGGGAAUGUACAUGGAGAGCUGUAUUUGGAUAAGGAUGGAAAAGUAGACAGUAAGUUAUGGAAAGGAGGGCCAUUGGUUGCAAAAGAGAGGGUGAAAGUGCCACGUGAGGUCGGAGAAGUUAGAUGUGAGGAACUUGAGAGAAUGGAAGUGAUCGAGAAGAAUGAGACCGCCUGGAAUAGUCCCAUAGUCCCAGUACAUAAGCCAGAUGGAAGUCUGAGAAUGUAUAAGAUGCAUGGGAUGAGAGUAUUCACGAAGUUGGAUUUGGUGAGGGGCUAUUACCAGAUGCCUCUUGAGGAGGGGAGCAGGCCUGUUACAGCUUUCUCAAGUGGCAGUUAUCAUUAUCAAUCUAAGUGA